AUGGAGCAGUGGUUUCAUACUGUGGAUGUGCUCAUGAUCCAGGAAACGUGGUUAACGGGAGAACAGUCUUUUACCUUACCGGGGUUCACUAUUUUUCGUUCUGAUCGGUCUACCGGGCCGGGGGGCGGGCUGUUGACGGCGGUGGCUGACAAAUGGCCGGUCGUGCUCCAAUCGCCGGGCCUUGGUGCACGAGGGUUGGAAACUCUGGAGGUGAGAGUUCUUCUCAGGGAAUUCUCUUUGUCAUUGGUCAAUGUAUACGCCCCGACGGGGAUUCAGGAUGGCGGGCAACUUGCGGGCUGGCGGUUGGCUCCUUCUGAAUCCCGUAUUAUCGCGGGCGAUUGGAACGCUCACCAUCCCUAUUGGGACAUCGGUUGUACUCGCCCGGGCAGGGUUCUGUUUGAUUGGAUAUUGUCAAACGGGUGGUGUUGUUGGAAUACGGGUGAACCCACCUUUUUCCACAGGUCGGGGUCCUUGGCGAUCGAUUUAACGCUGUGUACCCCUGAUUUGUUGGUGUUAGCAACGUGGAGGCCAUGUAUGGACACUGUGACUAGCGAUCAUGCUUCGAUCCAGUUGAAGGUGUCUCUUUUGACAUGGGGAAUGGAGGGUUUGCAGCCAAGGGUCCGUCAAAAUACGGACUGGGGUCGGGUUUGGGACUGCAUCGCUGUAUCAUGGGAAAAGGAGGCUUCCCGUCCGAGGGAAUAUUCUGCCUUCUUCGGUGCUCUUCAGGUGGUGUGUAAUGAGUUCACCAGGAUUUUCAAGAAGUUGCGGACGCCACAGAGCCUGACGAUUUCCCAUCAUGUACUGAUUGAGCAGGUCACGAUAACGUCGCUGGAAUUACAGGCGGAAGCAUUGGCAAAUUAUUUUGUGAGACUAAGGCCAACAGGAACGUUUGGCCCACUCCCGGCCCCCACUGGGCCGGGUGUGCUCGUCGAGGAAGGGGAUUUCCAAGAGACGGAACUGGCAAGAGUCCUUGGGAGGCUAUGGAAUACUACCCCUGGCCCGGAUGGGGUCACGGUCCAUCUAUUGCGGGCGCUCCCCAGGGUGGGGCGGGAGGCCCUUCUGGAGGUAAUGAACAAGAUAUGGCACACUGGCCAACUUCUGGCGAAGUAGCGGUUGGCAUGCAUCCUUCCGAUCCUAAAACCGGGGAGACAGGCGACUUCGUGCGCGGCAUACAGGCCGAUCUCGCUCACAUCAAAUGUGGCAAAAAUAUUUGAACGUAUGCUCUUACAGCGGUUACAGAGGACCUUGUUGGCAUCCAACAUGUUUCACGAAAAUCACUUUGGUUUUAUCCCUUAUCGAGGGGCGGAAGAUGCGGUAAUACUUAUCCACCACACUAUUUCGGUGGCUCGUGCUCAAAAGAAGUGGGUGUAUUUGGUAUCACUCGACCUGGAGGGUGCGUAUGACACGGUCCAUCAGGACGGUUUAAUUGCCAAGUUAGUACAAUACGGGUUCUCGGGGAAAAUGCUUCGGUGGUUGCGUGACUUUAUAGUGAAUAGGGAGUUUCGGGUCAAGUGGAGGGGUGUGCUCUCGGGACCCCAUAAGUUCAAUUACGGUGUUCCGCAAGGGAGCGUGUUGGCUCCGCUUCUUUUCUCCCUGUACAUGGCAGACAUCUUGAUUCCAAAGGACGUGGUGAGCGUUUUGUAUGCCGACGAUCUUUACAUAAUAGCAUCGAGCACUCAGGCGGACAUGGCAAGGUUCCGGAUCCAGAGGGAUCUGGAUCAUAUUGAGCACUGGUCGGCCCAGUGGAGCAUGGUAUUCUCCGCGCCGAAGAGCGGGGUCAUUGAUUUUUCAUCAAAGCGGCACAGGCCGACUGUUCCCCUAAGGCUCGGGUCAGGAAUAAUUCCACAGGUCACGUCGAUGCGUAUGCUGGGGGUAUUUCUUAAUGAGACGUUCACAUGGAGGGCGCACGAAAGUUACCUUUGUAACAAGUUAACAAGGGCGGGAUCGUGUCUCCUUUAUUUUGCUUCUCGGCGGAAUGGAGUGCGUCAGAGAGAUCAUCUUCAGUUGAUCAAAACGGUUCUUCUCCCGAUGGCGGAAUACGGGGCGCCUCUCCUGGACGGAGCGCCACCGACUGUCAUCAACCGGAUCGAAAAGCCUAUCCACAUGGCCCUUCGGGCGGCUCUUGGGGUACCACUCACUACUUCGCUGCCAGCGUUGUAUACGGAAGCGGGCUACAUCGGGUUAAAAGUAAGGCUUUACUUAAGGACGAUCAAACAUACAGUGACGCACAUAUCGAGGGGCCGAUUUAGCUCGCUCUAUCGUAUUUAUUCGAAACGGCAUGGUCUGGAUCACUAUAGAUGGCGGAGAUACCAGGAACCAUACGUGAUCAGGGCGGUCUCUCAUUUACGGAACCUAGGGAUAGCGAUUACGAACAUAUAUCGACAACAGAAUCUGCUGCCGACUGUCGAGCAGAUGGGCUCGCGGAUAAACAUUGAUGUGUUCAGGACUGGUUGUAUUCGUCUACCUGGCGAGGACAGGGUGGCGUUCGACGAGUGGGUGCACAGAUACCGAGUUGGGUGGUUUUUAAUCGGGACAGAUGGGUCGAAGUCACCCAAUCGGACGUCGAUGGGCGUCUUCAUAUUGGAGGGGCGGAAGAGUGAGACGUGGGAACUGGAUGUUCAGUGUGGGGUAUUCGGGGCAGAGGCUGCUGGGAUUUUGCGGGGGAUGGCUCUGUGUUUCCAAAAUCCUUGUCCGACCAUUCUAAGUACGGACAGUCGUUCGGUGCUCGAGGCGUUGACUAACGUGGGGUACACUUCGGAAGCGAUCAUCAUUGAUAUUGCGGCGGCUGUGUCGUCUUUCCCUCAGCCUAUUGAGUUGUUAUGGACUCCGGGGCACGUUGGUAUUGCCCUUAACGAGGACGCGGAUAAGGCAGCGAAGGGAGCGUGUUUAACAGGUUCCUGGAGGGGCCCGCUGUUGCCUAAAGACAUUCAUCGGUUAGUAUGGCAGGACACUCGUAAUUCGUUACGGGACCACUGGGCUUCGGUCCAUAGGAACAGGGGUAGGGAGUAUCCCCGUCCUUUUGACCCGUGGCCUUAUCACCACGCUUCAUCGCGCCGGGCGGAAACACUGCUGGCGAAACUACGGACUGGUACGGCNUAG